CACACGCCCUAUAUCCGACUUCCGCUCAGGGGGAGUCUGUAGUUUCCGUGAAGCACCUGAACGUCUCAUAGCUUUACCAACACUCCAGCGGCUGAGCGCGGACACGAUGCAGACUAUAAAGUGUGUGGUGGUGGGUGACGGAGCGGUGGGAAAGACGUGUCUUCUCAUCUCCUACACCACCAACAAGUUCCCCUCUGAAUACGUCCCCACGGUGUUUGAUAACUAUGCAGUGACGGUGAUGAUCGGUGGUGAGCCGUACACUCUGGGACUGUUCGACACUGCAGGUCAGGAGGACUAUGACAGGCUGCGACCCCUCAGCUACCCUCAGACCGACGUCUUCCUCGUCUGUUUCUCCGUCGUGUCGCCGUCAUCUUUCGAGAAUGUCCGAGAGAAGUGGGUGCCAGAGAUCACACAUCACUGCCCUCGCACGCCGUACCUGCUGGUCGGCACUCAGGUGGAUCUGAGAGACGACAGCAACACUCUGGAGAAGCUGGCCAAGAACAAGCAGCGAGCCGUGACCUACGAGGGCGCCGAGAAGCUGGCUCGAGAUCUGAAGGCCGUCAAGUACGUGGAGUGUUCGGCUCUCACUCAGAAAGGACUGAAGAACGUGUUUGACGAGGCCAUCCUGGCUGCUCUGGAGCCUCCAGACACCAAACCUAAGAAACGCUGCGUGCUGAUAUAAACGCCACGAGAGGAGGAGGAGGAGGAGGAGGGGGAGGAGGAGGAGGAGGGGGGUUGUGUGAAGGAGGACGUGGCAUUGUAACUAGGUCUUUAGCCGUAGUAACUUAAAGUGGGCGUGGUUUUGGAACAAACAAACAGACUUUAUUUUCAUUAUAAACAAACAAUACUGACACAUAUGGACUAACACGGGGUUAAACUGAGGGAGGAGGCGGCGUGCAGAAACAGAGGACCACUGUGUUCCUCACCUCCUCCUCUUCUUCUCUCCUCCUACUUCCUGUCCUCCUCGCCGGACUGGAAACCAAGUGCUUGAUGGUGUGCCAGCACCCCCUAGAGGCCUUACUGGGGAGACGCUCAGUUUAAAGAUUCUUCUGUUUCUGUUCGACCACAAAGUCUCUAAAGACUCGUUAACGCCCCGGGUCCACCCAGCGUUAAAAAAAAAGAAAGUGUUUUCAACGAGUAGAGAGCGUUCUCAGCAGCAGGCGGACGCCCGGAGAAAAACGGCAGCGCUGAUUUUUUUUUUUUUUUUUUUUUCUGAGCGCUCACAUUAAAAAUCUUUCAACUCUUCAGAAAGGCGCUGAUGAUGUCACCGGCGCUCUUUUCCACAUCCCCCGUAGUUUUAACCGCCUACAGAUCGUGUCUAUUCCCGAGCGCAGAGCUAAUGCUUUUCUUCCCGUAAUCAAACGGCACGUGGUCGUCCUGUUGAUUUUAAACUGAGCGUCUCUCCUUUGAAACGAACAAAGAUUUCCACUCUGCUUUUUUAUUAGUUUUGUUUAUGAUGAUGAGGAUCAUUCACACGAGUGUUAGAAAUAUAUUUAGCUUCUUGUUGUUUCUACGGGAACGAUGUUUUCGAUAUUUUUACUUUUACUUGAUGCCUGAGGCCAACAGCGAGCGAGCGAGAGAGAGAGAGAGCGAGAGGGUCAUCGGCUGCCUGGUUUGAUAUCAAACGAUCCUUUGAAUCAUGAAGACAUCUGGAGCAUUAUUUUGGUUCCAGAUGUUGAAACACUGCUCGGUGUUUGAUGAUGAAUGUUGGACCUGAUGGCUGUUAAAUAAUAAAAACUUGAAUGUUGCUUCACUUUGA